AUGGAUGAUAUUGAUAAAAAAGAAUUAUUUUCUUGUUUACAACAAAUGUGUCGUUCGAAAUUAAUUGAUCGACGUGUUAGAUUUAAAUUAAUUGAUAAACUUGAUCGAAUGUUUGAUAAACAAGGUCUAGAAUCUGAUGAUCUUUUAUUAUUCGAACAAUAUCGUUUAUCAACAUUACUUUCAUCAUUUGAUUCAUUUACUGAAGUAAUUUUAUUUUGGUUUUAA